UGGACUGUGGGCUUCCUCCGUCUAUUACCAAUGGAUCUCCUGGGAUACCAACAACCACAACAUUCACAGGGACAGUGACCUACAGCUGUAAUGAUGACUAUGCACUCUUUGGGAUUGCUACAAGUACUUGUCAGGAAAAUGCAACCUGGAGCAGACCACCAGAAUGCAGAGGCAUGCAUGUCACAUGCACAUUCAAUGUUUACAUUUUAAUAGCUGUACACUGAGUAAACAUGCAUAGUACACAUGUAGUUUGCUGUUGUCUGUGAGCCUUUACAGAAUAUUUUCAGUUUCUCUCAACUGAUUGUACUUAUUACAGCCAAUGCAACUGCAAUGGUCUGUACUGAUCUGAUGGAUAUAGUCAAUGGACAUAUUUCUUACGAUAUGGAGACCAUUGAUAACAGACCAGUGGACACUGUGGCCACCUACACCUGUGUCACUCACUACACUCUCAUGGGUCAGAUCCAACGUGUGAUGCUAUUAUUGAGUGUUCUCCUGUACCGACCAUUACCAAUGGCAUGAUUUCCCUUUCUCCUGAUGACAUCCCUGACUAUGACCUGGGAACUGAGGCAACCUACACUUGUGAGGCUGGGUUCUAUCUUGAGGGUAGUGAGGUACGAGUGUGUAUGGAUGAUGAUGGAAUGGACACCAUUGGAGUGUGGAGUGGUCAGCAGGCUAGCUGUGUUCUCGUCCCCCCUCCUGUACGCUCAGUGUUGUUCCAACUCAGACUCACCAACAUCAACAACUGUCCUGACUGGGUGGACCAGGAUGGGAGGAUAGAAGCUGUGAUGAGCACGUUUGCUGCCAAGAUGGAGAGUCACUGUGGGUGUGGCUUCUCAAGCAUGGUCAUGACUGCCCCUCUCUUCCGCUGCUUCCCUGGGUCAAGCACAGCUGUCACAUUCCGAGCCACUCUAACCGAUUCCAGGCUCCUCACUCCCAUACAGGACUGGAUACAAACCAAUGGAUUCAUUCCCAUUCAGAAUGUACUGAUUGAGGUGGACAAGUCUUGUCCGGUGGAGAUAUCGAGCCUUGCAGACACAGAGUGCACCAAUCAGCCUACAGCGGCAGGAAGCAGUGACAUAACCGCUGUGGUCGGCGGAGUGGUGGGAGGAGUUGUAGGGGUGGUCAUUGUCGUUGUGGUGGGAAUUGUCAUCAUAGUGAUUGCUGUACUGGUGUUCAAGAGCAGGAGAGAGAAUUCGAAACUGGCCGUCCACAGAAGAACAAAACCUGACCUACCACCAGUAUCGCUAAAGGGUGUGGUUAAUACUGGUGAGAUACAAUCAUACGAUAUGAUGGAAAUGGGUCACGAAUAUGAGGAAGUGUCCAAGUUCCAACGAGCCGUUGAUGGAGAGUAUGAGAUCAUUGGAGCACCCUCACAGACAACUGGCUCAGAUAGCAAGACUCCUAUAAAGACUGAGUCAUCACCACCCACUCCACCCACUCCACCCACACCACAACCCUCAGAAGUGACUAAAGCUCCCGGAAAUGAUAUUGAGUUUACAGAGUGCGUUGCUUACAGCACGACCACCCACAGUCGCCCCCCACAGCCUACAGGCUUAUGAACUAUAACAUGAAACUGCAAACUAGUUGACUGCUCUAGUAAUUGAUAGGAUAAUGUACUUGUAUAUAUUUGCAUGGCUAUUAUAUACAUAUUUAUGCAUGUUCAAAAGA